AUCGCGUUUCUGUGUGUGUCAGAAACAAGUGAAAACCAUUUUGUUAUUAUUUUAAUAAAGACGUAUCGAUAAAUGCUAUUGUAAAAGAGUUAUUAUUACUGAUAUUAGUUAACCAAUAAAUUCGGUAACUUCGGGGAAGUCGGUACCUGCGCGAGCGUCUGAUAUUGGUAGCCUUAUUAAUUUAUAAAAGCCUGACCGUAUUCCAUUUCGUACAACGCUAAUUUUAUGUCAGAAAAUGUCCAAACUUACUGUGUUGUUUUUGCGCUUUAAAUUAUAGUGAUUGAUAAAUGUCCCAUAAGCAAUGUCUAAUAUGAUUAAUAUCACUUUUAUACGCAAUAACAUGUGGGUUUGAGGUACCCACCCGUCGUCAGAAAGCGCGUAAAACUUCACCGAAUUCCCAGUUAUAAAGCGCUAUUUCGUGUCAAAUACACGGGUAGGGGGGAAUGUUUCGGUAAUAAUUUUGUUAAUAACACGGGUAAAUACCGGUGAAGUGUUAAUUUAUUGCAAAUACCACCAUUACACGUAAUAACGGGUUCGAUUUCGGUAAGCGCGCAAGCGUUUGAGAGCGUGUUUAAUGUACCGAUUUACCCGUUAUAAAUAGCGGAUGUUCUCUUUAAUCGUAUAUUGUUUGCAUUUGCAGAACAACUAAAUGGCAUCAACCCCUUUACAAGUGUAAUAUGGAGUUAAACAAGUCCAUAAAAUCAUCCGGAAUAUCGCGUAAAUCUAUAUGCAGUCUAUAGGCAAAGAAGCCAUUUUGGUGUUAGCGUGUCUAGGUUUUCUUCCCGCUGAGCCACGUGAUUAAGUGGGCGGAGCGAUCACUGAUAAGGCGUCAUGUCAAUUGUGCACGUGUCACUCGACAUCGCUCUUUGCAAAUUGUGCAAAUUGUGCAAUUGCGCAAAUUGUGCAACGCAAGCGAAUGCCUACAAAUACUUGAGCGAAAGAGGAACAUAAAGCGUGCAGCGGGUAUAAAUAAGACAUUCGACAAUUUUUAGUUUGAAGGUGUCUUUCCCAGUCUUAGGCGAUAUACAAACGCGUGCAGACGGUUACUACGAAUUCGACAUAAAGUACCGUCUUAAAUAAUGGAAGGCCGCAUUUGUUACCAUGACCAGCGGGCACGCUGCUCGUAUGGGGGACGCGGUCUCACGUGGAGUCUCAACAUGGAGCAGAGCGCCCUGAAACGCCGCUUCGUGUCCGUGAACGGCAACCGCCCCUCUUGGUUACCCUCUUGGUUACCCGGCGGGUCAGAUGACAGAGACUCCGAGCAGGACACCGACGAGACCGCACCCGAUAAGAGUGCACCAGAAGUGCUGAGUGUAGCGGCAGUAAACCUCGACAUCCGGUCUAACGUGCUGCGCCACCACACGGCGGAGUUCGACAUCACAGACGCCGCAGUAUACGACGAGCGGGAGUUUCUUGUCGCACGACGCGGACAACCUUUCACCGUGAUCAUCACGUUCAACCGGAAGUACGACCCGGGUGCAGACGACCUUCGCUUUGUCUUCCAGUUCGGAUCCCGUCCGCUGCCCACCAAGGGGACGCACGUAGAGUUCAUACUCUCGGCUGAUGACGUCAAGGGCGAAUGGGGUGGAUGGAUCAGCGGCGAGGCCGACAACGCUCUGACAGUGGAAAUAACGACCCCGCCGACGGCGUUCGUCGGCAAGUGGUCAAUGAAGAUUGACGUCGUGAAGCGUUCCGACACGUCCAUUAACGUCUAUCGAUAUGAGCACAAGGACCCGAUUUAUAUCCUGUUCAACCCUUGGUUCAAAGAGGAUGGAGUCUUCAUGAAGGACGAACAUCUCUUGAACGAGUACAUUCUUAACGAGACAGGCAAGAUAUAUUCGGGCGACUACAAAAGGAUCUCCCCUAAGCCAUGGGUGUUUGGCCAGUUCACGGGUGACGUACUGGACUGCUGUCUUUACCUGUUAGACAAGAGCGUUAAGGAUCAAGCCCGAGGAGAUCCGGUGGUAGUUUCACGUGCGAUCUCAAAACAGGUGAACAGUAACGACGACGGCGGUGUUAUGGCUGGUAACUGGAGCGGAAAAUACACGGGCGGCACCUCACCGCUGGACUGGACCGGAAGUGUGGCCAUACUUGAACAGUUCUACAAAACAAAGACGACCGUCAAGUUCGGCCAGUGCUGGGUAUUCUCUGGACUAGUGACCACGGUGUGCCGUGCUCUUGGGAUUCCCGCGCGCAGCGUGACGAACUUUGCGUCUGCGCAUGACACGGACGGGAGCAUCACCUAUGACUUCCACUACGACGCGGAAUUAAAACCACUCAAGGAGUAUGACGAUUCUGUAUGUGCUUACAUAUGGAAAGUAGUCCUUCGACAAUAUACCCCACAGGAAACCAGCGGAGGCGUAUAUUGCAUGGGUCCCAUGUCCCUGCGAGCCAUCAAGGAGGGCAAUGUAAACCUGCCCUAUGACGGCCCCUUCGUGUUUGCGGAAGUGAACGCCGACAGGGUCGAUUGGUUCCUCGGCAAGGACGGGGCCAUAGAGCGCAAGCAAGUUGUCAAAAACAGCGUUGGCAUGUUCAUCAGCACUAAGAGAGCCUUCGGUCGUGCCACCUGGCGGGAGAUGCAGCACGGGGACCCGGACAGAGAGGAUGUCACCAACCAGUACAAGUUCGAGGAAGGCUCCGAGGAGGAAAGGGCGGCUAUCCGACAGGCAAGCAAGUUCUCAAAGCGGACAGACGUGUAUGAAACCACUGCAGAGGUAAAGACGCAUAUGCCUACAAAAUACUGUAUUUGCGCCGUGACUGACGUGAAACUGUCGGUGGUGAGUGACCCGGACACGUUCAUGGGUAAUGACAUCAAGCUGACCGUGACCUUGGAGAAUACGGGUCAGGAGCGGCGCACGUGCAACGGCACUCUCGUACUCGGCAGCAUGUAUUACACCGGCGUCUUCCACCGGGAGCUGCUUUCCCGGAAAAUUUCCGCAGUGGAGUUGGUACCCGGCCAAACGAAGAGCAUGGAGUACAGCGUGCCAGCGACCCAGUACCUGGACGACCUAGCAGACCACUGCCUGUGCAAUAUCUCGUGUGUCUGUAUCGUCAAGGAAACGAGGCAACACUGCGUGAUCCGGGACGAACUGCGCCUGCGCAAACCGCGCCUUAAAAUCAAGGCGCCGAACGCUGCCAAGGUCGGGGACAGUUUCUCGGUUCAGGUAUCCUUUGAGAAUCCCCUUCCGGUGACCUUGACCCAAUGCGAGCUGCGCGUUGAGGGACCAGGCAUUCAGAAACCUGUCGUCUACGCACAAAAUAACAUUGACGUCAAGAAGAUGUUCCUGGGGACGUUUAAGAUGACGCCAGUAAAGGUUGGCGCCAAGGAGAUUGUUGUGUACUUCAACUGCAGGCAGAUUUCCGCCAUUACCACGUCACAUCCGGUCACCGUGGCAUAGUAGUGGAAACAGAGUAUGCGCAGUACAACGAAAUGAAACGCGGUGUAAUGACAAUCCAAAUUUUAAUUAAUCGCCAAUUUUAGGUUUAAGCGAUUCUUUAAAAGACCGCCCAAAGCAAAAUGUACUUUUUAUUUAUGUUUAUAUUUAAAUACACUUUAAUAAUAAAAAUCUAACUUAAUGUGUUUUAGGUACACAGUUUUUCAAGUCAAUUUGAUUCAAGUCGUUUUGCAACCCGAUCGCGUUACACGUGGUUCGUUUUAGUUGUUGUUAUUAUUUUUGUUUGUGGUUUGUCAAUUUGAUAUAAUAAAAUAUAUCGUCUAUGUUUUCAUUUUUAACGCCUUUUCAUGAUAAUGUUUAAUGAACCGACAUUUUUCAUUUGAGUUAUUUUAAUUUUAUGUAUAGUGUGCUAGUGAAGUUUCAUUAAUAUCUUAUUUUCACGAAUUCAGAAUUCGCUUAUACAUUUUGUGUGAAUGCGUAUGAAAUUCUAUAAGCUUUAUAUAAUUAUACAUUAUUAUUGUUCAACAAUUGAUGUAGAACUGUGUUACUCCAGAACACAGUGCCAGAAUGUCCUGUGUGUACAUGUAUUCAUUAUGUUGAUAACGGCUGCUUGGUGCAUUGAUAAUUGUUUCGAAAUAAACAGAGCUUAAUGUAUUUGUCUUUUUGCUUUAACUAUUUGUGACUGCCGUAUAACAACAUUAUAGUUUUUUUCUUUUAUUUGAAUAAAUUGUGAAACAAA